AAUGUUUCAGUACUGUACAAAUAUAUAACAUCAAUCAAAGAACAUUGUUAGUGCAUUGCAAACAACAAACACUUGAGAUUCAUUUGCUUGAGAAAACUCAGAUCUUAAUACACUACAUUGAUCUUAGCUACUACAACUUCCCUCAACACCUUUCGUUCUUUCUUCAUCAUCUGCUGCACUUGAUUUUUCCAAUCAUGGCUGCAAAACUUGAAGGUGGAGCUUAUCUGUCUUCUUUUGUUGAUGCUAUUUCAGAGAAGCUGUCUUCAAUACUUAAAGAUGACUCCGUCCUCGAAGGAAACGAAUCUGCCCUGGAGUUGCUUGGAAGGUUGGAGGAAACUCUGUCUGAUGUUGAACCUGUGCUUGAUGAUGCUGAGCUGAAGCAAUUUAGUGACAAGAGAGUGAAGAAGUGGCUUGUUGAUCUCCAAGAUGCUCUGUAUGUGGCUGAUGACUUGCUUGAUGAACUCUCCACUAAAGCUGCUACUGCCAAUCCAAGGGAUCCAGGUAACUCUUCCUUCUGGUCUCGCGCUGUUGAUUCAUGUAUUGAAGAUAGUGGUGUCAAUGUCAUCGAAAAAAUAGUUGGCACACUAGAGUCUGUUGUAGGACGAAAAGGUAAACUUGGUCUGAAAGAGAGUGCCAAGUUGGACACAUCAUGGAGAAUCCCAUCAACAUCUCUUGUUGUAAGUUCUGACAUAUUUGGUCGGGACGAAGACAAGGAGAACAUAAUCAAAUUGCUGUUAGAUGAUACCUGCGAUGCUGGAUCACGUGUGACUGUGAUCCCCAUCGUGGGAAUGGGCGGAAUAGGAAAAACUACUUUAGCUCAACUUGUUUACAAUGAUGCCAAAGUCGUGGAAAAAUUUGACACUAGAGCAUGGGUGUGUGUUGCUGAAAAUUCUGACCCUGUUAAUGUUACAAGGAUAGUAAUAGGGGCAAUAGAUUCUUCUCCCUGUACCAUGGAUAAUUUUGAUUUACUUCAGACUAAUUUGAAAAAAAAGUUGACAGAAAAGACAUUCUUAGUUGUUUUAGAUGAUAUCUGGGAUGAUCGACGAGACAUGUGGGAGGAUUUUCUGAAACCUUUUCAUAAUGGGAAUAAUAAAAGUAAGAUUCUCCUAACAACCCGUAAUGAAAAUGUUGCUUCUGCAUUUGCUGCUAAUAAUCUACAUUAUCGACUGAGUUUAUUGUCGAAGGAAGAUUGUUGGUCGGUGUUUUUGAAGCAUUCAUCUAUUUCUACUCAUCUUAAACAAUAUGCAACUCUGGAAGCAAUUGGUAGAAAAAUUGUUGAAAAAUGUAAGGGGUUACCUUUGGCUGUGAAGACACUUGGGGGUUUAUUGCGUAAUAAGGAUAAUAAAGGAGAUUGGGAGAAUAUACUUGAAAGUGAGAUUUGGGAACUCGCAGAAGAUAAUAGUAAGAUUGUUCCCGCAUUAAGAGUUAGUUAUCAUUACCUCCCUUCACAUUUAAAGCGGUGUUUUGUUUAUUGCUCAUUAUAUCCCGAGGAUUAUCAAUUUGACAAAAGCCAAUUAAUUUUGUUAUGGAUGGGUGAAGAUCUUUUACGACCAAAGAAAAACAAUACAUUAGAAAAUAUUGGUUGUGCAUAUUUUGAUGAGUUAGUUGCAAGGUCAUUUUUUCAACCCUCCAAUACUAAUAAUAAGUUAUUUGUAAUGCACGACCUCAUGCAUGAUUUAGCAACAUUUUUUGCUGGAAAUUUUUUUUUCAAAUUCAAAGAAUUUGGCAGUCCAUACAUGAUGGACAAUAAAACCCGUCAUUUGUCAUGUGCUGCAAAAUAUGAGGAUAGCAUCAAAUUAUUUCGAGAGGGCUAUAAUGGAGCAGUAUGCACGAGAACAUUUUUAGAUUUUUCUGUGCUUCCCUAUUUUCAAUCACGUGAUAUUGAAGGGCAUCCUAGGCUUUUACGACAACAAUUGAGAGUUUUGUCAUUAACUAUAAAGUCAAUGCCUGAUUCAAUAGGUGAAUUGAUUCAUUUGCGUUAUUUGAAUCUUUCUAAGUCACCUGUUGUGGCAUUGUCCGAGUCAAUAUGUGAAUUAUACAAUCUCCAAACUUUGUUGUUGAGGAACUGUUAUGAGCUAGAGAUGCUUCCCAGUCGCAUGCAAGAUCUUGUGAACCUGCGCCACCUUGAUAUUCGAGGUGCUUGUUGUUUGAAAGAGAUGCCGAAGGGAAUGAGCAAGUUAAAGAAUCUACAGUUCUUAAGUGAUUAUAUUGUCGGCAAGCAUGAAGAGAAUGGGGUAGCUGAAUUGGGAACACUGGACAAUCUUCAUGGCUCCUUUUGCAUUUUCAAAUUGCAGAAUGUCAAGAAUAGUGGUGAAGCUUUGGAGGCAAAGAUGGGUAACAAGAAGCACAUCAACACUUUAGAAUUGUAUUGGCCUCCAGAUGGUGACAUUGAUGAUGUUCAGACUGAAAGAGAUAUACUUGACAAGUUACAACCUCAUCAAAACUUGAAAGAGUUAUCAAUUCAUGGUUACCGGGGUGAAACAUUUCCAGAUUGGUUAGGCCUUUCUGGCUACUCCAAUAUGACCAAAUUGAUUCUAUUUCGUUGUAUGAAUUGUUGUGAGUUUCCUGUACUGGGACAGUUACCCUCUUUACAGCAUCUGGAGGUUUAUGAACUUCGUGGACUGGAGAAAAUUGAUUUUGAGAUCUACAACAAAAACAAUGCAUCCUUACAGCCGGAGACACCAUUCAAAUCUCUUGAAACUCUGAAAAUACAUGAUAUGUGUGGUUGGCGGGAGUGGCAUAUUCCUGAUGAGUUUGAUGGUUUUCCUGAGCUUAGAGUCCUUGAAAUAACAAACUGUGGGGUGUUAAGAGGAGAUCUGCCUGCUCAUCACCUUCCGGCUCUGGAGGAACUUACCAUUGCUGAUUGUGAAGAGCUUGCAUGUUCGCUGCCGAGGGCCCCCAAGCUUCACCAGCUUAACGUACGUAACCGUUUUUCAAAAUCAAAGGUGAGUACGGGACCGCACAAGGUAGUGAUUUCAAAAACCCAGCUGGCGAAGUCCGCAUUGGAGUGCCUGUCCCACAUCCAGUCGCCACGUGUCCAAUAUCUGGAUAUCAGAGGCUGUGAGUCAGCCUUAUCAAUUUCAGCAGACUGUGUGCCCGCUUCAUUACAGUAUCUGCAGAUCCAGGACUGUUCAAAAUUAACAUUUUCAGAGCAACUGCAACACAAGUCGCUAACGGAGAUAUCUAUACAGUGGUGUCAUUCACUGACGUCGUUUUCAUUGGGGGCCCUUCCAAAUCUCCAGAAACUCACAAUCCGUGAUUGCCUAAACAUGGAAUAUGUUGAGGUGCCACAGGCUCUUCCAAGUCUCCGUUAUGUAUGGAUCUCAAACUGCCGUAGUUUAGUAUCCUUGCCGGCGCUAGGGUUGGUUGCGCCCCACCUAGAGGAGCUAAAGAUCCACGAUUGCUCAGAAAUCGAUUGUUUUGCUGGGAAGUUCCUCCCGCCGAGUUUAAAAAAACUUGAAGUUUGUAGGUGCGAGAAACUAGCGAGUUGGAUAACAUCAAAUGGUUUGCAGAGUGAAGGCCUUACCUAUCUUCUCCUUGAGAAUUGGAAUGAAGUUAAGUCAUUCCCAAGUGAAGGUCUCCUUCCUGCUUCUCUCGAGUCUCUAAGACUGCGGCGCUUUCCAGAUCUGGAGACGCUUGACUGCAUGGGGCUUCGCCGUCUUACCUCCCUACAACAUUUAGUAAUUAGCUGCAGUGAAAAGCUUGAGAAUAUCACAGAAGAACAUGUGCUUGCCUCCAUAGAAAAAAUCUACAUAGGGAGAGAAAGUCCUUUGAGGCUUAAGCUGCAAGAGAUGGAAGACCUACAGAUUAAUUUCGUUCAUGAUAAUGAUUACUAUUACUAUUGAUUCUGAUUUUACACCAUUUCACGUGCGAUGAGAGCACUAAGCAGCGGCAUACAGCAUACUCAUGCAUUGGGUCUUCCAGAUUUGCGCUCAUGGAAUUCUAUUAUGUGUUGCUCAUCUGACUCUUGUCAUUGGAUGGGGUGUGUGGUUAUGCAAAAACUGAAUGGAAGAUUGAAGAGUCAACACUAAUACAUGGCUGAGGCAAGGUGAGAAUUGCGGUGCACUAAAGUAAGUUUGCAUUGUCCAUGUCUUGCAUUGUCCAUGUCUUGCAAAUUGCUAAAGUUUAUGAAUGGAGCAACUUGCUAUACCAAUGAAUCUCUAGAACCACCACUAUGUCAAUUAAAGAAUUUGCUUCUGCUGCAAAGAAAACAAAUAAUCAAGGUAUUCAGCCUUCCAGAGACACUGAAAGCAGUAUGAUUCCUUCCCUAAAACUGUUGAACCUAUGAUGGGAACUGCUAGCUUGUGUGACACAGAAAAACUGGUAGCUAUUCAUUGCUUGGUUGCACAACAUCACCUACUUCUUUAAUCCGUGGGUGGCUUUUUCAUCAAUAAAAGUCCUCUGCCAGGUGAACACAGACAAACGAAGGAAAACUUCUUGAAUCCUCAAGAAGGAAGAGCUUUCCUUCUUCCACGUAAAUUUUGAACCAUUCAAGUGAUUUUGGGAUAUGUAAGAGGUCAGGGGGUCUGCAUGAAUAAAAGGCAAAGAUGAUAUCUGGGGAGCAUAAAUUUCUUCCUGUGAGGAGGAAAGAAUCUCUCUACAUGAAGGAUCCAAAUCUCCCUUGUCUGGGGCAUUGAGGUUGAUAGGAGAUGGAAUUGAUGUUCUAAUAACAUCUUCAAGAGAGUAACUUGAAUUCCCUAGUUCAACCAUGGGAUUGAUCCAUGGCUGAACUCACAAAUGGAACAUCAAAGUGGAUUAUCCAUAUAUACAUGCUAUGCCUUCUCAUCUGCUGUUUUAUUGGAAGCCGAAGAUAGAGCAUCUGUGUCUGAGGUUUCACUUUUGCUUCUUGCAAGUACGUAAAAGUCAUUGAAAUGCUCAUUGGUGGAGAGGUCGAUAAGAUGAUUAUAUCUACCAUGAGGUAGUUAACAUUUGAAGGCUUAGGUUACUUGUAGCGGAGUGCUUUGGAUAAGCUAGGAGAAGAACAUGCACGAAUGAUGAAAUGCAUCAUCAUGAUGAUCUCGAGGAGGUUCACGCUCCAAGAGAAUGCUAAAAUUGAUCUUUCCUACUGUGACUGCACCUAUUAAAGUGGUUAAGAAAGCUGAUGUUGUGAAGAAUACUGCUCUUUUUAAUGUACUAGUGAUGCCAAAACUUUAUGGUGACAUUAUUAGUGACCUUUGUGCUGGCUUGGUUGGGGGUUUGGGCUUGACACCAAGGUAAUUUUUGCACUUUGGUAAACAAAUUCUAGAAGCUACAAUCUUAUCACCUGGCAUCAUUGGUGAGGCCGUGAGGGAGGUAUUGCUCUAGCUGAGGCUGUGCAUGGUUCAGCACCUGAUAUUGCUGGAAAGAAUUUGGCAUAUCCAACUGCUUGACUGCUGAGCGGUGUUUCAGUGUUGCGCCAUUUGAGUCUCCAUGACAAAGCGGACCAAAUUCACAAUGCCAUCCUCAACACAAUUGCAGAAGGGAAGUACCGAACUGCUGAUCUUGGAGGCAAAGCAAAGGCAACCGAGUUCGCGAAUGAAAUUAUUGAUCAUCUCUUGAGUAGGCAAGGAAUUGCUGCACAUUACGGCGCUUUUAGAAUACUGUAAAACUCUGUUCAUCCCAAUAAUGAUGUGUGAUACACACUGUAACCAAAUAUUAAGACAAGAAAAGGGCUUCUCACACCAUGCGAGAUACUUCCAAAAAGAAAAAGACACAUACAAAUGCUUCUCGUAUCAUGUGAUAAACCCAUGGUCAUAUUCUGGUGUUUGGGUUCCAUUGGGAAGUUUCGGAAAGUAAUUUUUUUGAGCUUUUCAUCUAUGAAAAAUAGUAGUAUUAAUGUCUA